CCUACCUCUAGCUUGCUUGCCUCGCUCUCUCCUCCGCGUUCGCCGGAGCAUCCCACGUGUCACGGCACAGAGAUCGAUCCAGCCAUCGCCGCCGGCCGGCGGACGAGUGCUGUACUACUGUGCCAUGGCGGAGAGGUUGCUGUGGGCGUCGACGACGGCGGCGGGAGUGGGCGGGAAGAAGGGCGGCGGGGACGGCGCCAUGGGCACGCUCGUGGGGCAGCUCGGGGGGUUGCUGUCCAGGGCGCUGCUGCCGCCGCCGCCGCGGGUGUGCGGAUCGCCGGGCGGGCCGCCGGUGACGGCGCCGAGGGUGCGGCUGAGCGACGGGCGGCACCUGGCGUACGAGGAGUCCGGCGUGCCCAGGGAGUCGGCGCGCUACAAGAUCGUCUUCUCCCACGGCUUCACCGGCUCCCGCCUCGACAGCCUCCGCGCCUCGCCGGAAGUGGCUGAAGAGCUGGGCGUGUACAUGGUCGCCUUCGACCGCGCCGGCUACGGCGAGAGCGACCCGAACCCGAACCGCUCGGUGAAGAGCGCAGCGCUGGACAUGGCGGAGCUCGCCGACGCGCUGGGCCUCGGCGACAAGUUCUACGUCGUCGGCGUCUCCCUCGGCAGCCACGCCGUCUGGGGCGCGCUCAGGUACAUCCCCGAGAGGAUCGCCGGGGCGGCCAUGAUGGCGCCGGUGGUGAACUACUGGUGGCCGGGGUUCCCGGCCGAGGCGGCGGCGGAGGCGUACGGCAGGCAGUCGUACGGCGACCAGUGGGCGCUGCGGGUGUCGCAUCACGCCCCGGCCAUCCUCCACUGGUGGAUGGAGCAGAGCUGGCUCCCCACCUCCACCGUCGUCGACAACACCACCUUCCUCCCCAACAAGCGCGACGCCGACGUCCGCCGCACCCUCACCGCCGACGGCACCCUCCAGAGGAAGAAGGAGAUGGCGACGCAGCAAGGGAUCAACGAGUCCUACUACAGGGACAUGACGGUGAUGUUCGGCAAGUGGGAGUUCGACCCCAUGGGGCUGCCGGAGCCGCCGUGCCCGGUGCACAUCUGGCAGGGCGACGAGGACGGCCUCGUCCCCGUCGUGCUGCAGCGCCACGUCGCCGGGAAGCUCGGGUGGGUCAACUACCACGAGCUCCCCGGCACCGGCCACUUCCUGUCCGCCGUCCCCGGCCUCGGCGACACCGUUCUCCGGACACUUUUCGGCUGAUCAGCAACGACAGAAUACUGAAGAGUUCGUUUCUGGUAGCUUUGGCCUGAUGCAAAAUACAGUGCAGUAGUACAGUUUUUUUUUUUGGUUGAUUUUGUGGUGGAUUUGUUCUGCCAAAUAACUCCUGAUAACUGAAACUUUUAACAAAUAUAUAUACUGAUGUUAGAUCGUGUUUGAUUACUGUUUCUGCAAUUCAGAGUUCUGGGAUUUCAUUCCAGAAACGUGCAGAGUCCUGGGGAUUUGGUAGGAUAUUGUUCUUGGAGGAAAGGCAAAACCAUUGAUGCCCUUACUCAUGUUCAUGUUCAGAUACAAUGCCAUAUUGCCAUGUAAAAUGAGUCUCUGAUCGGACUGCCUUUUGAAGUCUUGUUUCCUUUUGACAAAGGAGGCAGGUAGGAUUGGAGGUUGAAGAAACCGUCAGGAUUUCGUUCAUUCAGAGGAAGGGACUUAGGCUUGCAAAGGCAUUCAGUCUUAGUGACUUGGCAUAGCCUGCAAAGCAACUCCGUCCAAAGUAAUUAAGUAAAGGAUCCUUUUUGUCAUUGACAAAAUCAUUGGCUUUGUACCGUGCAACAAAUGAAACAUUGGUCGUCAUCAACAAGACACAAAAAUGUGGUCACGGAUAACAAGCAUAGUUCAGAUAAUUUCCAACUAGCAAAUAUAUUAAGCCGUUCCUUUCUCCCUGAAAAAUGUUAU